AGCGGAAGUUGUUGCAUAGCUGCCGGUCGGCGUGACAUUCAGCUCAUGUGUGUAUAACAUCUCACACACACUCACAUUCACCGUAUGUAUCACAAUGAGUCUCGUUAGAGCAGCAUCAACUUUAUCAAAACUACAUCUGCACAAACCAGCAAACAGCGCGUUUAAACGGGUGUUGAUCCACAGCUGUCGGUCAUGCUCAAAUGGGUUCACACCAAACGAGCGGAUCCGGAACAUCGGUAUCUCGGCUCACAUAGACUCUGGGAAGACCACACUCACUGAGAGGGUGCUUUACUACACAGGCAGGAUAGCAGAGAUGCAUGAGGUUAAAGGUAAGGAUGGUGUGGGUGCCAUCAUGGACUCGAUGGAGUUAGAGAGACAGAGAGGAAUUACAAUCCAGUCUGCUGCCACGUACACCAUGUGGAAACAUCACAACAUUAACAUCAUCGACACACCAGGUCACGUGGACUUCACCAUUGAAGUGGAGCGAGCUCUGCGUGUGCUGGACGGGGCCGUGCUGGUUCUGUGUGCGGUCGGUGGCGUGCAGUGUCAAACCAUGACCGUAAACAGACAGAUGAAACGUUACGGUGUGCCCUUCCUCACGUUCAUCAAUAAACUGGACCGCACAGGUGCAAAUCCCAGCCGAGCUCUACAACAGCUGAGGACUAAACUCAAUCAUAACGCUGCCUUUGUCAAUAUUCCCAUCGGAUUAGAGGGAAACCUGCGUGGGAUCGUAGACCUGAUCGAGGAACGCAGCAUUUUAUUUGAAGGCCCUUAUGGCGAGAAGAUUCGUUUCGAUGAGAUCCCGGCUGAAAUGCGAGCGGAGGCGUUGGACCGCAGACAGGAACUGGUGGAGUGUGUUGCUAAUGCAGAUGAAACCCUUGGAGAGAUGUUUCUGGAAGAGAGAGUUCCCAGUGUGGAUGAUUUGAAGGCCGCCGUACGCAGGGCAACCGUCCAGCGAUCGUUCACUCCUGUACUGGUGGGCAGCGCUCUGAAGAAUAAAGGAGUUCAGCCUCUGUUGGACGCUGUGCUGGAGUAUCUGCCUAAUCCCACUGAGGUGAAGAACUACGCCAUACUCAACGAAGAGGAUUCAAAUGACACCUCCAAAAUGUUGAUGGAUCCAAGCAGAGACGCCACACAUCCUUUUGUUGGUUUGGCUUUUAAACUGGAGGCGGGUCGAUUCGGUCAGCUGACGUACGUGCGCGUGUAUCAGGGCUGUUUGAGGAAAACUGAAUAUAUCUACAACACACGGACGGGUAAGAGGGUGAGAGUUCAGAGACUGGUACGACUUCAUGCCGAUCAGCUGGAGGAUGUUGAGGAGGUUUACGCAGGAGACAUCUGUGCUCUGUUUGGCAUUGACUGUGCCAGCGGAGAUACGUUCACGGCCCGGAAUAAUGCCAACCUCUCCAUGGAAUCUAUUCAUAUCCCCGAUCCAGUGAUCUCGAUGGCCAUGAGACCUUCUAACAAGAACGACACCGAUAAGUUCUCAAAGGGAAUCAAUCGAUUCACAAGAGAAGACCCAACCUUCAGAGUUCAGUAUGACCCUGAGAGUCAGGAGACCAUCAUCUCUGGAAUGGGAGAACUUCAUCUGGAGAUCUACUCACAGAGGAUGGAGAGAGAAUAUAACUGUCCAUGUGUGAUGGGAAAACCAAAGGUCGCUUUCAGAGAGACUGUGACCAAUGCUGUGACGUUUGACUUCACACAUAAGAAGCAAUCUGGAGGGUCUGGACAGUACGGUAAAGUGAUAGGUGUCCUCGAACCGCUGGAUUCUGACAGUUACACCAAACUGGAGUUUAAGGAUCGCACCAUCGGCACUAACAUCCCAAAACAGUUUAUCCCUGCUGUGGAAAGGGGUUUUAGGGAAGCGUGUGAGAAGGGUCCUCUGACAGGACACAAGAUAUCUGGUGUUCGGUUCGUGCUGGAUGAUGGUGCUAAUCACAUGGUGGAUUCAAAUGAGAUCUCCUUCAUUCGUGCAGGAGAGGGCGCUGUUAAACAGGCGAUGGAGAAAGCAAAUGUUGUGAUUUUGGAGCCAGUAAUGUCUGUGGAGAUUGUUGCCCCUAAUGAAUUUCAGGGGGCAGUUAUAGCCGGGGUCAAUCGUCGCCAUGGUGUCAUUACAGGGCAGGAUGGAGCCGAGGGAUACUUCACACUGUAUGCUGAUAUUCCACUGAAUGACAUGUUUGGAUACUCCACAGAACUGCGCUCCAGUACAGAGGGUAAAGGCGAGUACACUAUGGACUACAGCAGAUAUCAGCCCUGCCUGCCAUCUGUACAAGAAGAACUCAUCAAUAAAUACUUGGAGGCAACAGGCCAACUGCCUGCUAAGAAGAACAAAUGGAAGAACUGAACAGUCGCAUCACACAGAUCUAUCAAACACAUCUUUCAGAGGAUCCUUGAUAAGAACAUUGAUAACAUGCUGACUUAUUAACUGGUUUUACAUUUAUUUUACAAAUAAUUAUUGUAAAUGGUUCUGAGAAAUUGGGUUCUGUCAUUUAUUGUAAAUGUAUUUGUACAGCAUAUGUUUGCAGGUGUAGUAAUUAUGAAAUAAUAAAAAAAUAAGUUAAA